AUCAUGAUAGUGGGGGGGAGGAAGCAUUAAAGAAGCGGAGGAAAGUUGUGUUUCAUCCAUGCUUAUGACACAUAACUGUAAGCACUCAACCUUACCUGCCCUGAGUGAGCCUGGAUAAUAGGGCUUAUCCUUUAGCAGAUCUUCAAACCUUCAGGCAAGAUGAGCAAUAAGCCAGCUUUGUCUGAAGUGGAGAAGUUUAACAAGUCAAAACUCAAGGAAACAAAUACUAAAGAAAAAAUACUCUCCCCUGGAAGGAGACUUCAACAGGGGAAAGAAUGUGUGCAGUCAUCAUAAAAUGGGGACGUCCUCCUGGGAGCAAAUUGCAACAUAGCUUGAGUGUUGUCUUAGUUUGAUAGGCUUCAUUUUGUAAACCUGUUUGUAGAGAUUUUAGGAAAUUUCUGGUAUCUUCUCCAUAUUCUCUGGCCGAGGGCAGAGGUAGCCAAUGAACCAUCAUCUUUGUUUGAAAAUUUCCCCUUGGUGUGUAAUCUCACAUGACCCAUGCUAUCCAAGAUCCAACAUGUAAGAGCUGUGUGUGGGCAGUUGUUGCCUUCCCUACAUAAUAUGCCAUUGUCAACCUCCAGCAGGUACCCUCAUUACUCAAAAAUUUCCAUGACAUUGCAUGCUUUUGCUGCCUCUUACAAUUCAUUUACAUUGCUAAUGUAGCAAUAAAAUAAAAAAUAUAUAAUCGUUUAAAAACAACCCCAACUUACUGCCACCAGGCCUAAAGGACUGGGUAGAGCUGCCCCUAUGGAUUCUUGAGUCAUUCUUAGAAAGCCUCA